AUGGCUGAGGAACAUGACGCAAUUGUCGGGGAGAGCACUUUCCCGCUAGAACUGUACGAACACAUCAUGGACCACCUUUGGGACGAUGUCCGCACUCUCACAGCCUGCACCCUCGUCUGCCGUGCAUGGGUGCCGACAUGUCGCCAUCAUCUAUUCCACACAGUCACUCUGAACUCUGUGAAGGAUUGCGCUCGCCUCAACAAGCUCAUCGAAGCCGGUCAAAGCUCGUCAUCGGCUGCUGUCCAUUACUUCCGCACGCUUUCUAUCGUCUAUGACGAUAAAGUUGCGACUGAGUGGGUCAAUGACUGGGUGCCGCGGCUACUGUCGCAUCUCGACGGAGUAGAGCAUCUGAAGGCGGACCUAUACGACUGGUCACAAACCUUCAGGGAUACGCGCCAAGUCAUCUACACGUUUUCUUCCAGGAUCACCUCUCUGCAGCUAGACGCCAGCUAUUUCGAUCAUCCGAACGAUUUCUUUGCCCUUCUUGUGGCGUGUCCGCUGCUCACGGCCCUCCGGUUGUCGGGUAUCCACUGUCGGAGAGACAGUGGCGCACCAACGCAGUCCCUGGCCACAAGGCGCAUUAUUCUUACCGAGCUGCAUCUAAAGGAAGUGCAAAGUUACUUUGCGUAUUUGCUCGUUCACUGGCUCUUCGCCGCUUCCGCUGAUCUCACAUUGAACCGCCUUGUCUGGGAAGACCCAAUGCCCGUGUUCGGCGAGACGGUGAAGGUCGAAGCAAGGGAUACAUCUGUGCCCCUCCUGACAAAAGUGCUGCAAGCGAUCCCCUAUAACUGCUUGAGGCACCUCGAUCUGAGCUUCUUUAAUAACUACAACCUGCGGGCGCUCACAAAUCAGGCAGCUGACGUCGGGCAGCUGGACCUCUCUUCAUUCAGUCAGCUCGAGACACUCGCCAUCUACCAUAGCUCUGUGGGAGACGUCGAGGAGACGUACCCCUGUCCCUGGAUCCCUCAUGUCCUUUCUAGGCUGACGUCGAUGGGGCUUUGCCUGCUCUCAUUUCAGUUUGACCUCGUCCCGGAUGCAGAGGAGAACCUCGCGCUUGACUUCCUUGACUGGGCUCACCUCGACGAGGUCAUAGCAUCCCUGUGCAGCACGCGCCAAGGCGUGCGUGUCGCAUUCCACUUCAAGGAUUGCUGGAGAGGGAGCUACGACGUGUGCGAGAUCGUGCACCUGCUGGCAGGCCGCCUGCCUAAAUUGCGAGGCACGUCCGUGUCCGCGGUCGUGCUGCAUCACUACCCUCUGGGGUUCGACUUUUUAGUGGGUAAGAUGGUGUACGAUGUUCGUGAGGCGCUGUUGCUGUAG